AUGCAUGGAGGGUUCCACCCCAGAUCCAGAGUUCAGAGGCUAUACGCUAAACACAAAGAGGGAGGUCGAGGACUAGUUAUUAUAAUUGUCUUCCUCACCGGUUCGCUUUCCCUUGUCACCGUUGUUGGAAACAUUCUCGUGUUAGUGUCGUUCAAGAUAAACAAGGCCCUGAAGACGGUGAACAACUACUACCUGCUCAGCCUGGCCUUCGCUGACCUGACCAUUGGCACAUUGUCCAUGAACCUGUAUACCACCUACAUCAUCAUGGACCAGUGGGCCCUGGGGCCCCUGGUGUGUGACUUGUGGCUUACUAUAGAUUAUGUGGCCAGCAACGCCUCAGUGAUGAACCUGCUCGUCAUCAGCUUCGACAGAUAUUUCUCAGUGACCAGACCAUUGACCUACCGGGCCAAACGUACUACCAAGCGGGCUAUGCUCAUGAUUGGAUUAGCCUGGUCCAUCUCUUUCAUUCUCUGGGCCCCAGCCAUAUUAUUCUGGCAGUACAUUGUGGGUGAGCGGACAGUUCAGCCCAACGAGUGCUACAUCCAGUUCUUGUCUGAGCCCAUCAUCACAUUCUGCACUGCUAUUGCUGCAUUCUACCUGCCCGUGACAAUCAUGGCAAUUCUGUUUUGGAAGAUCUACCAGGAGACAGAAAAACGAGCUAAAGACAUACAAGGCCUGAAGGGAUUUGGGUCAGACACCAAUCCAAGACAAGCUCUGAGUCCAGAGAGUGGCAUUCUAAGAGCUGGAGGAGCAGGUGCAGCCAGCAGACAGAAGAAUUCAACAGCCAUGCUGCGUCAGAUGAGGGUCCAAAGCUGCAGCAGCUGUGACCUUUAUCAUCUGUCUUCAGAUAGGAACAGCAAAGAUGAUGCCAUCCCACCAGGAAGGACGGAAAACAGAGGACGUUGCCAGGAUUUCUGUUUCCUGUUUUCAACAUUUCUGACAACCUGUCCUGCAUCCAAGAUGUCCUUCAACAACACAACUACAGCGGGCAAGUCCAAGCACAGCAGCUGCGACAGCUUGAGCAAUCAUCAGGGUGAUGCUGGAGACCAGACAGGUUCAGAAGUGGAAGCUGAAGGAGCAGAGCUGUCACAGCCCCCAACAGUUGAUAAGAAGUCUGGGAAGGUGAAGGAGAAGAAGCAGAACCGAUCAUCCGUCAGAAUUACGGCAGCAUCCGAUGGCGUUCCCUCCUCUCCAGCUGCAGCCGUGGCCAUGAAAGACGCUGCACUGACCAAACGCUUUGCCUCAAAGGCUAAAAUGGAGCUCAGCAAACGCAAGAAUGAAAAAAAGGCCAAUGAGAAAAAGGCAGCCCAAACCCUGAGUGCCAUCCUGUUUGCAUUCAUCACUACAUGGCUACCGUACAACAUCAUGGUGCUGGUCAACACGUUCUGUCAGGACUGCAUCCCGGAGACGCUCUGGGCUCUGGGCUACUGGCUGUGUUAUGUGAACAGCACCGUAAACCCCAUGUGCUACGCUCUGUGCAACAAGACCUUCAGAACAACUUUCAGGGAGAUUUUAAUGUGUCAGUGGAACCAGAGAAAGAACAAUCCUCAUUUCCAUCACAGGCAGGCCGUUGCAUACCGGAGGAAAGACCCCUCGUAG